AUGGUCGCACUCGCAGGUACAGCCAGGCAGCCUGAUGCUGUACAGGAGCAAAGUGACCAUGUAGAUGAGACUACAGCUCUCCUAGGGUCCAGCAAGAUCAAGUAUGAUGACGUGUCCGCACCAGACACUUUGGGCAGUUCAUCAGGGUCAGAUGGGGACAAUGACGACGAGAAAAAGCCCUUGCCCAAGUUCCAGAUCCUGCUGCUCUGCUAUGCGCGUGCAGUCGAGCCCUUGGCCUUCUUCUCCAUCUUCCCUUAUGUCAGCCAGAUGGUGCAGGACAACGGAGACGUGCCAGACUCGGACAUCGGCUUCUACAGUGGACUCAUCGAGUCAAUGUUCUCCCUCACGCAGGCCGUUGUUAUGAUAUUAUGGGGUCGAGCAGCCGAUCGUCUCGGCCGUAAGCCCGUCCUGGUCUCCUCCUUGUUCGGUGUUACUGUGACGACAGGCGUCUUCGGCCUGGCAAAGACCAUACCGCAAAUGAUCUUGUUUAGGUGUCUUGCUGGCGUCUUUGCUGGGACCAUUGUUACCAUCCGCACGAUGGUGGCCGAGCACAGCACACCCAGUACCCAGGCCCGGGCGUUCAGCUGGUUCGCCUUCAGCGGGAACUUGGGCCUUUUCCUCGGUCCUUUAUUGGGCGGUGCACUUUCUGACCCCGUACGACAGUACCCUGGUGUUUUCGGGUCUGCCGGCUUCUUCGAGAAAUAUCCCUAUGCGCUCUCGAGCUUGGUGGUGGCGUUGAUCGGAGGCACCGCUGCCGUGUCUAGUGCCUUCUUUGUUGAAGAGACGUUGAAGAAGGAGCCAGUUGUGGUGGACCGUGAUAGUGAGGAGGCGGCAUCCGGUGCGCCGGUCCAGAGCGGCGACCUAUCGACAUGGCAACUUCUCAAAUCACCAGGGGUUGGUGUGGUCCUAUACGCGUAUGGGUAUCUCAUGGUCCUCGCCUUCGCUUACACCGCCAUUAUUCCCGUCUUUUGGUUCACUCCCGUACGUCUCGGAGGGUAUGGCUUUUCAACUCUACAAAUUUCAUUGAUGAUGGGUCUAAAUGGCGCCGCACAAGCUACAUGGCUCAUCCUGGUGUUCCCGCCAUUACAGAAGAGGAUAGGGUCGAACGGAGUGAUACGUCUCUGCGCUAAUGUCUAUCCGUUAUUUUUCUUAUCCUGCCCUAUUGGCAAUGUAUUUCUGCGGAUGGGCACGGACGGAUCAGUCAAGGCCUUUUGGGUUGUCUUGCCAAUCUCGCUGGUGAUUGGCUGCGGAGUUAGCAUGAGCUUCACGGCGAUCCAGCUUGUCCUGAACGACGUCGCGCCCUCGCCGAAGGUACUGGGCACGCUGAAUGCGCUGGCUAUGACUGGUAUGAGCGGGCUGAGAGCCUUCUCCCCCGCUCUCUUCACCAGCCUUUUCGCUUUGGGUGCGAGGACACAGCUGGCUGGAGGCCAUGCCAUCUGGAUGCUCAUGAUCAUACUUGCUUUUGGCCUAUCGUUUAUAGCAAAAUAUCUGCCAGAGCCCAAGGCUGCUGUAAAGCGUCGGAGCAGCCAAGCAAGGUGA